UUUUCUCUCCUAAUUGUAGGUUGCCGGUAAACGCCAGCCAGAAGAAGAAGCUGAAGCAAAACAAUGGAUUGAAACGGUUAUCGGUGAACGUUUCCCAGCGGUAGCGUUCGAAGAUGCUUUACGCGAUGGAAUCAUUUUGUGCAAAUUGAUGAACAAACUUUCACCGGGAAUAAUUACGAAAGUUAACGUGUCUGGAGGCGACUACAAAAUGAUGGACAACAUCAGUCAAUUCCAAAAAGCUUGUGUAAGGUAUGGCGUUCCCGAUGUUGACUUGUUUCAAACAACCGAUUUGUGGGAUAUGAAAAAUAUCGCGCUCGUAACUCAAACCAUCUUUGCAGUCGGUCGAGCCACUUACAGACAUCCCGAAUGGAAAGGACCAUCAUUGGGACCACGCCCAGCUGAAGAAAAUCGUCGUGAAUUUUCCGAUGCUCAAUUGAAAGCCAGCGAAACAAUAAUUGGCCUACAAGCCGGCACCAAUCGCGGAGCAAAUCAAUCUGGACAGUCGUUCGGAUCUUCUCGCAAGAUUAUUUUGGGAAAGUAAAAUCCGUUGGCUGGAUGAAAGAUGCAUACAAAUUGUGGUUCUGGUAAAAUCGAAAGAAUCUCAUUUGAAAAUGUAAAAAACUUUCUUUAAAAAAAUUAAAAAUUUUUCAGUCAAAA